AUGCUCCAUUCCCACACCGCCAUCACCGCAGUGGAUGCAAUUAUGGAUGAAGGUGUUUUCGAGCACCUUAAGAAAUUCAGCAGCUACAAAUAUUCUCUUUACCAGCAGCGCAAGCAGCAGCAGCAGCAGCAGCUGCAGCAGCAGCAGCAGCAGCUGCAGCAGCAGCAGCAGCAGCUCCAGCAGCGGCUGCAGCAAGUCCAGGCCACCCUGCGGCAGCUCCAUCAAGCUACUGCGCAGCAGCAGCAGCAGCAGCAGCAAAGCGUCGCGGCUGCAGCUGCUGCGCCGGUGGAUGUGGGGGAGCAGCAGCAGCAGCAGCUGCUGCAGGAGAAGCAGCAAGAACUGCAGCAGCUGCAGGAGCAGCAGCAGCAGCUGCAGCAGCGGCUCAGCCAGCUGCAGCGGCAGCAGCAAAUGGAAGUCCUAGACGAAUUUGCAGCAAUCCGUCGCAUAAACAACGAAGCGUGCACGCUGCUGGCGAGCAACUAUGAAGGAUAUGCGUGGAUGGCGCAAGUAGCAGCAAGAGUUACUGAGCUGCUGCUGCUGCCCGAAGGGGAGCAGCAGCAAGGGGGGCCCCCCGGGGGUACAGGGGGGCCCCCCGGGGGCCCCCAGGGAGCAGCAGCAGCAGCAGCGCAGCAGCGGCAGCGCGAGCUGCUGCAGGAGCACGAGCAGCUGCUGCUCGACAGCAGCAGCAGCAGCAGCAGCAGCACCAAAAACUUCGAACAGGCUUCCGCUGACAGCAUUCUCGUCGCUGCGCUGUGCGAGCUGCUUGCGACCAAAUACAAUUCUCACGUGUCAAGGAAGCUGCUGCAGGACAGAUCCCAGCACGGCAGCUGGCGGCCGCCACCAUUCUACUGGCACUUGUUUAACCACCCCUGCAUCGUGCGGCAAAUGCUGCAGCUCUACAGGCAAAGACCUCAAGACGAAUUUCUCGCCUGUUGGUUUGAAGACUUCGCACUUCACCGCAGACAGCCAGGGCCAGCGCCUUUGCCUUCUUCAGACUCAGAAGCAGUGCUCACGGCGAAGGUGUCGAGGGUUUAG